UCUUUCUCUUCAAACAAAGGGAGGACGACAUAAAACAGCACGUCUGUGAGCAAACUUUCCAGAAAUUGAUCUAUUUAGCUGUGACUGUGCAGGUGAUCAAAUACAGUUUGUUUCCCGAAACACAAAAGUGACUUGAACAGCAGCAAAAUGAGUGUUUAUGGAUGUCCAAAAUGCAUUAAAUAUGCCAUGUUUAUCGUAAACUUAAUCUUCUGGAUUGCAGGAACAUGCGUCAUGGCUGUUGGACUCUGGCUGAGGCUUGAUCCCAAGACUAAAAUCUUGUUUGAUGGAGAGGCAUCUUUCAUUUUCUAUACAGGUUUGUACAUUCUCAUUGGGGUCGGUGCGCUGAUUAUGGUCGUUGGUUUUUUUGGAUGUUGUGGCGCAAUCCAGGAAUCCCCUUGCUUGCUUGGACUGUUCUUCUUCUUUCUGUUGGUUAUCUUUGCAGUCGAGGUGGCUGCUGGUAUUUGGGCUUUUUCAAACCAGACCAAGGUUACUCAAGAUGUAACAAAUUUCUACAAGGCAACAUACAAUAAAUACCAAGAAACGAAUGAAGAUGCUCUGAAAGAAACAAUCAUUCUCAUCCAUCAUGGACUUAACUGCUGUGGACCAUUAGGAAACCAGCCGGAAACUCCUGAUCAGACCUGCCCUAAAAAAGAGAAGCUCGAUGCUUUCAUUACAAAGAGCUGCCCUGAUGCCAUUGAUGAAUUCCUUAACUCCAAACUUUAUAUUACUGGAAGCAUUGGAAUCGGCAUUGGAGUGAUCAUGCUCUUCGGCAUGAUCUUUAGCAUGAUGCUGUGCUGUGCCAUCCGGAAAACCCGGGAGAUUGUGUGAGGGUCCGCUUGCCUGGGAAACUGCCAGUAUAUUUGUGUUGCAUGAUGUCUGUCCCAAAGCAGCCUGACCUCUUCAGCUAAGAGCCAGUUAGACCACAUCAUCAGGCACACAAUCUCUUCACAACUCUGAUCGACUGGAAUUCACUCUUUUUCUUAGUGCAGCUGUCAGUAAUGAGAGAAAAGGGUUGGUUUAGCAUUCCAAGCCCAUUGGAAAAGGCCUUUAAAUCUGACUUUUUAUAUUUUUUUAUUGUUCAUAAUAGAUUUGAAAGAUUAACGAUUUGUUCGCUUUAAUGUACUUGCGGUACUGCUUGAUAUGAUUUUUUUUUUAAUGUUUUGUUUCUGAUUUGUGAAUAAGGUCGAUUAAUUUACCCACAUCAGUGUAUAUGACUCAAAUAAAAGCCAAAUGAUUUCAUGAA